CCCUUCCCCUCCCUUCCUCCUCCAGUUCUUCUCUUCUCCCUAUUUAACUUUCCCCGCCUUGGUGCUGCUUCAUUCGUUUUCCCGUUCGUCUGUCAGGGGCGCGCACGUGGGACGUGGCCGGCGGCGCCGGCGAGCGCGGGUCGCGUGGCGGUGCGUGGUUGCUAGGGGCGCCGAGGCCGCCCGCCCGGCAGGCCAGGGAGGAGCAGCGCGGAGCCAGGCAUCGAAGCCGGGACGUAGCGGGGGCCAGCAAGGCUGACGGAUCCAAAGAUGCUGCUGCUGCAGCCUGAAGCGCAGGGCACCGUGCAUGAGCCAGGCCAUAUGUGGCUGUGAAAUGGCUCCCUCAUGGCCUCUGCAGGGACAGAGCACUAUAGUCUUGGCCUCCGCCGGGGAAACAGCUUCAAGCAGGGUGGUCCCCCGGGCACAGUGCCGACCCCACCAGCCGAGAAACCCUCCGAGGGCAAAACCUGGUACCAGGCACAACAGCAGGUGAAGCCGAUCUGGAGACUAGAGAAGAAGCACGUGGGUACCCUUUCAUCAGGGCAGGGCCCAGGUGCCCUGGGGAUCACUCCCCAGCCAGCUUACUUUUUUUAUCCCAACACCCUUUGUAAUUCUGGGACCACAGCUGUCAUCGCAGGCCACGGCAACUCCCCCUGUCAUCUGCACUCCCUCCCGGACCUUUUCAGCAGCACUUUGCUGUACCGGCGCUCCAACUACAGACAUAAACCUUACCAGCAGCUUGAGUCUUUCUGUUUACGGUCAAACACAGCGGACAAAAGACCAUUUACUCUCUCCAGAAGGAGCCUCCCUAUCGGUCUCCCUGCCCCUAAGGUCAUCACCCCAGCGACAGGUUCCACCCUUCCUGGGACUAUGGCUUCCUCAGCCACAGACCCGUGUCUCCCUCUGAGAGCUGCCGGGGAGCACUCUUCAGGGAAGAGCAUGACCCCUGCCAUCUCAGGGAAGAUCCCUUCCUCCUUUUCCCCCUCUUCCUACAAGCCUGUGCUCAACAACAAUUCCUUUCUGAGGCCAAAUAGCACAAAAGUGCCUUCACAGCAGGCCUCAGAGGGCCUGAAGCCAGUCCCCCCCCCCAAGAUCCCAUUGCCUGUCUCUUGGCAUCAUUCAGGGGGCACUGGAGAUUGUUCCCCCCUGCACCUUGACCACAGGGUCUCCAAGAGCAGUGGCACUGCCCCUGACCAUGCCAUUGCCCAUACCACCACCACUCCUACCCUUAGCACCCUCACUGCGCCCUCCACCAGCCCCCCCACCAGAGGUGCCUCUCCCAACUAUGUCCAGAACGUCUCAUCCUCAAGGGCAGAGCGGCCUUCCUGGACCUUAGAGGUUAAGGAUGCUCCCCGGGCCUUUUCCAGGGAGAUCCGAUUGACUGAGGCUGUGAGAAAGUUGACAGGGAGGGGCCUUGCCAAGAUGGGGCAAGGCUACCGACUUGAACGGUCCUGCCUCAUGAACCCCAGCUUCCACUGGAAUCUCCUUAAUGGGAAUGGGCGGUGGCAGCCCCCCGUGGUGAGUCCUCGGUUUGCUCGAGAGGAUUCUAUUUUGGAGACCAGACCAGUCCCCGACGGUUCUGACAGCGUGGGGCUGGACAGCACCGUCUUCUGCACGAAGCGCAUCAGCAUUCACCUCCUUGCCUCACACCCCACCCCUCCCAACAACGAACCUGCUGUGGGGAGCCCCACUGGAGACAAAGCCCCAGCUCUCAGUGUGGCAGACAUGGCCAGCCGGAUAUCUUCCAUCCAUCUGAGUCAGCCAGCCAGAGGACAGAAAGAAGGCAAGCAGCAGCAGCAGCAGCAGCAGCCGUUGCCAUUGCCGCCACAGCCACAGAACUCAUCAGUUAGAAGCUUCAGUUCAAAUACUGACAUGUUCCGAGGUGAAGCUGAGGAUGUGGAAGAGGAGCUGGGAGAUGGUUUAGAAGACUGUUGUAGCCAAGAUGAGGAUGAAGAGGAGGAUGAGGACUCUGAGUGUUCUUCAGUCAGCGGUGUCUCAGCAAGUGAAUCAGUUGCAGUGAUCUCUCGGAACUGCAUGGAAGUUCUGGCCAAACCCCUUGCCAACCAUGAGAAAGUUGUCCGGCAACCCCUUAUCUACAGCCUCUUUCCUAAUGUACCCCCUACCAUCUACUUUGGCACAAGGGAUGAGAGAGUGGAGAAGCUACCCUGGGAACAGAGGAAACUGCUUCGUUGGAAAAUGAGUACAGUGACUCCCAACAUUGUCAAACAGACCAUUGGACGCUCUCACUUCAAAGUCAGCAAGAAAAACGAUGAUUGGCUGGGCUGUUGGGGUCACCACAUGAAAUCUCCCAGUUUCAAAACAAUUCGGGAGCAUCAAAAGCUGAACCACUUCCCAGGCUCAUUCCAGAUUGGGCGGAAAGACCGACUAUGGCGUAACCUGUCGCGCAUGCAGAGCCGCUUUGGAAAGAAGGAGUUCAGCUUCUUCCCCCAGUCCUUCAUCCUCCCACAGGAUGCCAAACUUCUGCGAAAGGCCUGGGAGAGUAGCAGCCGUCAGAAGUGGAUUGUGAAGCCGCCAGCAUCGGCCCGAGGCAUUGGCAUCCAGGUCAUCCACAAAUGGAGCCAGCUACCUAAGAGAAGACCCCUUCUCGUGCAGAGGUAUCUGCACAAACCCUACCUCAUCAGCGGGAGCAAGUUUGACCUUCGUAUCUAUGUUUACGUCACCUCAUAUGAUCCCCUUCGGAUCUACCUCUUCACGGAUGGACUCGUCCGCUUUGCUAGCUGCAAAUACUCCUCUUCCAUGAAGAGCCUUAGCAACAAGUUCAUCCAUCUGACCAAUUACAGCAUCAAUAAGAAGAACACCGAAUACCAGGCCAACACCGAUGAGAACGCUUGCCAGGGCCAUAAGUGGGCACUGAAGGCCCUGUGGAACUAUCUGAGCCAAAAAGGAAUCAACAGUGAUGCCAUCUGGGAAAAGAUUAAGGAUGUUGUCGUCAAAACCAUCAUUGCGUCAGAGCCUUAUGUAACCAGUUUGCUCAAGAUGUAUGUGCGCCGGCCCUACAGCUGCCAUGAGCUCUUUGGUUUUGACAUCAUGCUUGAUGAAAAUCUGAAGCCCUGGGUCCUUGAAGUCAACAUCUCUCCAAGCCUUCACUCCAACUCUCCACUAGACAUCAGCAUCAAGGGCCAGAUGAUCCGAGACCUCCUGAACCUGGCGGGCUUUGUUCUCCCCCACGCAGAGGACAUCAGCUCCAGCUGUGGCAGCUCUAGCAGCUCCACCAUCAGUCUUAGUAGCUCCACAAAGGAGAAGAGUAGGCUGGCUCCAGAGUACUUCACAGCAGAGAAAAUGAAGAAAGCCUAUUACCUGACCCAGAAACUGCCUGAUCAGGAUUUCUAUGCGUCGGUGCUGGACAUCCUGACGCCAGAUGACGUUCGGGUCCUCGUUGAGAUGGAGGAUGAGUUUUCGCGCCGGGGCCAGUUUGAGCGGGUCUUCCCCUCUCGAGUCUCUGCCCGCUAUCUCCGUUUCUUUGAGCAGCCACGUUAUUUUAAUAUCCUGACCACGCAGUGGGAACAGAAGUAUCACAGCAACAAACUUAAAGGGGUGGACCUGCUCCGCAGCUGGUGCUACAAAGGCUUUCACACUGGAACCAUCUCUGACUCUGCUCCCAUGUGGUCCCUGCCGAGAUCACAUAUCGUCAUGAAGGGUGACAUCCUCCUCAAUGCCUUCUGUAAAACAGACCUGAACAAGCUGGGGAAACCCCCCCAUUCUACAAAGGAAAAUGAGGAUGCCACCCACACCUCUAGCCCCUGCCCUCCAGUGUUACCUAUGCUCAAAUAUUCAGGGCAAGCUCAGAGACUCUCUGUUUCCCCCCCACCUCCAAAAGCCAACAACAACCUUGUUGCCUCUGUGAACCCAUGAUCAGCUUCCUUCCAUUAACCCCACUCCCUCCCCAGGAGCACCAGCGAUAGCUACCUCAUGGGAACCGGCCUGCCGGCCAGCCUGGAAUCCCACCCCUGUCCAUCCUGCCCCUAGUCAAGAGUAUUUUUGGAAAAGGUUGAAUUCCAGAAAGAGGAUUUCUCUGGGGCUUAGAGGGAUGGUGGGUUUAGGGAAAGCAUAUGGAGGGGGCUAUGUCCCACUCUCCUGCUGCUUGCCCAGCUCCUGUUGUCCCAGCUGAGAAGCAAACAGUGGCCAUUGCAGCCUUAUAAAACAGGGUUUGAUUUCUACCCUCAGAGCCAUGUGUGAUUUGUUUCCUGAUCUAACUGAACUCUUGCCUCACCCAUGCUUUGGGCCAGAAAACUUGUUGUUCUCCAUCUAGCCCCUGGAGAGAGAUUUGAUAAUCCACACAAGUUUUUAUGGGAUGGAGCAUACCAGGGCAUAAGGAUGGGAUGUUGGGGAUCAGAAGGGAGAACAGGGAGAAGCCGGCUUGCUUGAUUUUUGCCGUAUGUCCCAUCAUUUUUGUUUUUCUCCCUUUAAUUCUUGUGGGUCAACACAUAACAUGUAUAACAUAGGCCUCAUGGUGCCCUCCUUUGAGAGAACAGUAGCUGGCUUGGCAGCAUCAUAUUGGACAUUUUUUCUGCCGUUAGUGAGGUAGCAUCUCCAGUAAGUCUUCAUUAUUGUUGUGACCUGAGGGUAGAGCUAAGUGAGGUUAACACUGAAGUCCUUUCCUCUUUCAGUUUCUGUUCUGAGGACUACUUUGUGGUGAGGUCUCUCAGCACCUACUACUGUGGAAACGAUCAGGUAUCUCUCCCUAUGCGACACCCUUUUUCUCUUCUCCAGGGCCCAAAUGGAAAACAUAAUAGGUUCCAUUCUAGGCCCAUUGGCUCAACCAUCAUGUGCCAGAAGCUUCUCCUCGGGACUGCCCUGGGAGGGAUGAGCCACUUCAGAAGAACAUAAUGUCUAAAUCUUCAUGCAAACGACCAUUGUGGUUCUCGCCCUCUCAAACUGUUUCAUCCACUUCAAACCUGGACUCCUCCUGGUCCACCCUCCUGCCCAUUGUCUUACUCUGAUAAUCUGAUUUUAAAACUGUUUCCUCCGCGGAAUUGAUACCAUCACUCAUCACCUUCUAACUCAUCUGCUGCUGAAUCUGUGGAAGUCCAGAGCUUUCCAUGGGGUUAAAUUACUGGAUGAGGGCCCUCCAGAUGGGAAUCGUUAUCCAAUUUUGACCAUAGAUCUUGGAUUCGAGAUAUAGCAUUGGACUCUCAAGAGCCUUUCUAUCCCUCACUAGAGCCACAGAAUUUCUGGGUUGGAAGGGACCUUGGCAGCCUUUUAAUCCAACCUGUACCUGAAAAAGGGAACACCACUUGCCUUUAUAAACUCAAAGGAAAAUUCAGUACUUCCCUAGAUAACCCACUCUGUUUUUGGAUAACUGUUUCCUUAAGUAUUUUAUUGAAACUUUUUUUUUUAAUUGGUUUUUUUCCCUAAUACUAUGCCCCAGGAAUUAGAACCCAAUCUUGUAGCACAGAAGUAAAGAACAAACCUACGCCACUAAUGAGGUUGAACAGUGUAUACUCCAUUCACAGAUGUCUUCCAUUCUUAGACCAAGAAGAAAGACGGAGAAUUCUUAAUCAGUCCUCUGAUACCAAGAUCACUGAUCAGUAUUGUUUAAAAUACUGUGGCCUUUAUGCAUAUUUUUCCCCUUGGUUCUGCAUGAUGAGAAUUAACAGCUAACAUAUAGCUUGCAAAUUACAUGUUUUGUCUUUUUUGAACCUCAGAAAUUUGUGAGAUAAGUACUACUAGUGUCAUCCCCAUUUUACAAAUUACUGAGGCUCAGAAAUUAAUGAUUUGCCCAUGGUCACAAUCUAUAUCAAGGAUAGAAUUUUAAUCCCUCUGUUUAUUCAUCCAAGUCAUCCUACUUUUUGGAAGCAAUUAUGAAUUUUUCAUGUCUCCUGCUACUUACUAUGAAAGAAUAUUCCAUUGUAUUUCUGUCACAACAGUUUGUUCAUUUUCCUGUCAGUGGACACUCAUCUUAUUUUAGUUUCUUGCUAACAGAGACCUGUUAAGACUAUUUUGUUAUACAUGAGAUCUUCCUGUCAUGGAUUUACCCUUGGGAUAUGUGCCCAAGAGUGGGAUUUAGUGUAAACAUCCUCAUUUCCUUGAACCAUUUUUUUUAAGGGAUGGUAUAAUGUUUCUCAUCAUCUUGUUGGACUUUUUCUGGAUGGAUUCAGAUUUUUGGUGCCUUUACUAAAAUGUGGUGUUCAGAACUAAAUACAGUCUUCUAGAAGUGGUCUAAUUAAGGCAGAAUAUGGUGGAAUUAUCACCUCCUUCAUGUUGGACAGUAUCUCCCUAAUUCAACAUUGGCAGCCAGGUAUCACAGAAACUAGAAUGCUGGGCCUAGAGUUGGAAAGACUGACUUCACUAGUUGUGUGACCAGGCAAGUCAUUUAACUUUAUUUCUCUCAGUUUCCUCCUCCAUAGACAUAACUGGAGAAGAAAUGGCAAACUACUCCACUAUCUUUGCCAAGAAAAAGCUCAAAAUCAAGUCAGAAUUGGAUGUUUCUCAACAUAGCUUUUCUGCCUGCUUGUAAUGUUAUUAACAUUGAGCAUUCACUGUAGCCUUUUGAUCUACUAUGAGUCCUUACUCUGUCAUGCAGUGGAUGUCAUCCUUCCUACUUUUGGGUCAUCCAGAAAUUUCAUAACCGUACCAUUUAUUCAUUGUAAGAACAUCAUAGAAAUGCAUGGAAAUUGAGGCUCAGAAAAUAAAUGAUUUGUCCAGGGUCACACAGCUAGUAAAAAGUCUGUGAAGAUGUGCUAUUGCCUCUAGUUUAAAAUAUUCCUCAGCCUGAGGUCUAAGGCUUGCCCCAGUCUACCUCCAGCCUACCUUUCUGCCUAGAUAUUUCACACUUUUCUCUUCACAUAAAUGCUAAUGUUGCAAUACUGUGACUUGUCCCUCAGUCUUGUCCUUCCAUCUUCCACUCCACUCCACGUUCAUGGAGACAGUUCGUUCCCUUUGCUGAGAAUGUAUUCUCUUACUGAUAACUACUUCUAGACUUCAGCUCAGGUCCCACCUCUUCAGUGAAAUCACUUCUGAUACCCUCGCCUCCUCAGUAUCCUCUUCAUAAUUUCCUAGAGUACUUUAGCUCUCUUCUCGUUUAUAAGAAGCUUUUCUCAAUUUUGUAUUAUACUACUUAUGUCAUUCCCCGUCCUCAAAAAAGUUAUGAAUUCCUUAAGGGCAUUGACUUGCACAUGGUAAGCACUUGACAUUAUAUCAUCCAAUAAAUGUCGAAGGAAGAAUCAAGUAAGGAUUGCCAACUCCCUGUUAAUAGAUAGUAAGGGAAUUAUGGGGCUUGGGAGGAGGGACGGACACAGGCUCAGGUGGAGAAGCUUCCUAUACUAUCAAAAUUACCAGUUAUAUCACUUAGGGUGGUUGUUGGAGGAUUCUAAAAUGCAUUGUAAAAGAUGAUCGUCUUGGGUGAAAAGGGUUGUUUUUUAAUUUGUUUCAUCACUGCUGCUGAUUGAAGUUAAGGGCAUAUUGGGAAGAGCAUUUGAUAAUGUGUAUAAAGAUUUUUUUAUAAACCUUCAAGGGCUAUUAAAGUGCCAUUAUGUUGUUGUCUUUACAGCUGUUAAAGACAGCUAUUGCUGUCUUUGCUCAAAAGUUCCAAGUUCUCUGAUUCCUCAUAUUCCUUAAUGAGCAAUAUUUCAUUACAUCCCUGUACCACUGUUUGUUCUGCCACUUUGUUAAUAUAACAAAAUAUUAGAUGGAGUCAUAUCUUUGACCUCAUUUCUCAUAUUCCUUAUUGAGCAAUAAUAUUUCAUUACAUCCCUACCACCGUUUGUUCUGCCACUUUGUUAUAUCAUAAAAUAUCACAAUAUAUUGAUAUAGAUGGA